AUCAAACUCCACUUGGACUGGGUUGUGGGCAGAGACACAGCACUGAGACUUUGGACUUGUGUUUUAUUGCUUGGCAAUAAUAAUUCACUGAGCUUGGUAGUUAAUGGCGUUUUGCUAAAAAUAUAAGACCAACGUUUCCAUAAGAAAGAGCGGUUGAAGCGCUGAAGGACAUGUCUCUGUCCGUUGUCAAAGCCCACGGAGUUGUAGCUUACACCCUCACCACGCCGGAGACUGACGGCUCAGUACCUCUGGUCUGCCACUUGUUCAAGAUACUGUGCUGCAGCUCUUUUUGCAAAGUGACACACAAACUGAAAAACCUUUUUAAUGGAAACCAGGGAGCCCUUGGGACUGUCCAGAUAAUGAUUGGGUUGGUGGCCUUCUCAUUUGGUACAGUCCUGUCUCAGACUUCAUACACAGAACGAACCCAGUACUGGAUCGGUGUAACGUGUAUUGUCUCUGGAAUUCUCUGUGUCAUUGCAGACAAGUUCCCCAGCCCAUGCUUGGUUUUGCUAACCAUACUGAUGAACACUGCGAGCGCCAUUAUUGCUGGCACGGCAGUCGUCUUCCUCGCGAUAGAUUUGCCUUGGGCUGCUUGGUGGCACGCCUGCUCUGAGGAGAAAGGAUACCAUUCUAGCAAAACGUACAUCGAGGAAUGUCUGAAAAACAAACAGAUCUUGUCUAUGAUCUCAACUAGUUUGAAGAGUUCGUUGUUGAUCUUUGGAGUGCUUCAGCUCUGCAUCAGCAUUGCUAUGGCUGUGCUGGGAUCCAAGACUCUUUGCAAGUACAAAGGCACCCAGCAGCUUCUUCCAGAACAUGAACAGCUCCUGGGUGUAACCAACGAAGACUGCCAUGUUCAGACUGUGCCUAACCCUACAUAACAGGUGCCACGGUGAUGAUGUGGUUUUGAUUUACCCAUGUCUUUUUGAUCUUAGAGAAAGAGGAGCGUGCACUACACAUAAUUGUAUCUUUAUUACUUGGGAUGAAAGGAGUCCUGAUCAAGGUUUCUGACCUCUUAUUAGCAGCAUGGUCCGCCAUGAGUUAAGAUCUUUCCCUUUGGUUGCUUGUUGUUGUACUUCAAGACUUUUCAAACACAAUGCUAUAGCUACACUGCUUGGCCUCUUUACAAGU